AUGCUAUCGCGGUUCAAUAAUUCGCUCUGGAUGCAGGAAGACGACGGCCAUGAGCAACAGGGCCUCGGCCACGAGCAGCCGGCGGCAAUGGGGAUGAUGCCGAUGAUGGGGCAGGAGGCUGGGCACCACCACGACCAGCACCUCCUGGCUAUGCCCACGCGGGGAGACGGUGGGUUCCGCGCCCCGUCGAUGCUUGAUGAGGACUGGUACUUUGGCGCGGGCGCGGUUGGCGACGGCGCCGCGAACGGGUCCAUGGCCCUGGUGCCAGCCGCCAUGGAAGCAUCGGGGUCCAGCUCCGGCUUCGGAGCCGGUCCACAGAUAUUCCCGCUCCUCAACCUGGGCGGUAGCGGACCGUUCGACGUCUCUGGGUUCGACCUCGGCGGCUCCGGCGCUGGAGGCGGCGAUUUCACGGCGUUCCUUGGCGCCGGCAACGCGUCGAACACAUCGCCGGUUUCCCUGCUGCCGCAUGGGAACGCGGGGUUUCUCGGCUCCUUCGGCGGCUUUGGCACCGCACCGGCACAGAUGACAGAGUUUGGUGGCCUCGCCGGUUUCGACUUGUUCGACACCGGUGCCGGGGGCGGAGGCGGGGGCGGGAGCGGCUCCUCCUCAGAGGGGCCGGCUGCUCCAGUUUCCUUGACCGCUCCUUUCUCCGGUCGUGGCAAGGCGGCGGUGCUGCGGCCGCUGGAGAUCUUCCCGCCUGUGGGGGCGCAGCCAACGCUCUUCCAGAAGCGCGCACUACGGCGUAAUGCCGGCGAAGAGGAUGACGACAAGAAGCGUAAGGCGGCGGCGGCGGCGGAAGGAAGCGCCCUGUCCGCGGUCUGUGACACCAUGCUCGACGACGCCGACGAGGACAUGGGCAGCAUUGACGCGUCCGGGCUGAAUUACGACUCGGAGGACGGGAGGGGCGUGGAGGAGAGCGGCAGGAAGGACGGCAAGGAGUCGAACGCCAACAGCACGGUGACCGGCGGCGCUGCGGCUGAAGGGAAGGGGAAGAAGAAGGGAAUGCCAGCCAAGAACCUCAUGGCGGAGCGCCGUCGUCGGAAGAAGCUCAAUGACCGGCUCUACAUGCUCAGGUCCGUCGUGCCGAAGAUCAGCAAGAUGGACAGGGCUUCUAUUCUCGGCGACGCGAUCGAGUACCUCAAGGAGCUCCUGCACAAGAUCAGUGAUCUUCAGAAUGAGCUUGAGUCGUCUCCUUCCAUGCCCUCGCUGCCUCCGACGCCCACAAGCUUCCACCCUCUGACUCCGACGUUGCCCGCGCUGCCAUCCCGCGUGAAGGAGGAGCUUUGCCCGAGUGCGCUGCCAAGCCCUACCGGCCAGCAGCCAACCGUUGAGGUUAGGCUCCGGGAAGGCCGGGCCGUCAACAUCCACAUGCUGUGCCCUCGCAGGCCCGGGCUUGUGCUCUCUGCCAUGAAGGCGAUCGAAGCCCUUGGUCUUGAUGUGCAGCAGGCCGUUAUCAGCUGCUUCAAUGGCUUUGCCUUGGACGUCUUCAAGGCUGAGCAAUGCAAGGAUGGCCCUGGUCUUCAGCCCGAGGAGAUCAAGGCGGUUCUCUUGCAAUCCGCGGGGUUCCAUCCCGCGAUGUAG